AUGAUCGCUCUUAUUUUCCUCUGUCUAGCUGCUACUGCCAUUUCACAGCAGCAGAAAAAGACGGUGACUGUUGGAAUUGCUGCUGUAGAGGAUGUCUUACCGAGUUUCAUGGCAUUCUCACGAAGCGGUGGUGCUAUCGGUUUAGCCCUCGAUCGAAUGCACGCUGAAGGCAUAACCAACGGGUUUGAAUUUAGGUUUAUGGUGAACUACACCGAAUGCAGUUCCCAGGCAGCUGUUGGAGUAGCCUUAGAGCACAUGGUGAAACAGAAGGUCGACCUCAUCAUUGGGCCUCCUUGCCCGUCUUCCGCCGAGAUGAUAGCUUAUUUGUCAACAUACUACAAGAAAACUAUGCUUGGAUGGGGUUUUCUAAUUGACCCCAUAUUCAGCGAUAAUGAUCGUUUUCCAUAUCUGACAAAAGUCAUACCAGAUUCACUCCAAAUGAUGGAGGCACUGGUGCCAAUGUUCCAAAUGCUUGAAUGGAAUCGUGUAGCUAUUUUCUAUACCCCGAACGAAGUGCAGUACUGCGACACUAUUAUCAAGGAUGCGGACACAACAUUCGGUGACGACUCGACAUACGUGAUAGAUAUCGUGCAGAAGGUCACAUGGGAUGGUCAGGACAACGAUUACAUAAGAGAUCAAUUGUUUCGUACUAAAAAUACUGCAAGAAUAAUUGUGAUGUGCCUCGACACACCUCAAUCUCGCCGUAAAUUCAUGAAGAUUGUCUCUCUUAUGGAUAUGGUUUCGGAGGAAUAUGUGUACGUAAUGCUCGGCAUGCGCGGAUUUGGAUUUGGUCAAGUAUCGAGAAGUAAUGGACAUUUCAAUUGGACUGGAAGCUUCAUUAGGAUUCGCGAAGAUUUUGUUUCCGACCACAAAUUCUCGGUACAUGCCCUUUAUGGGCGUUAUACACCGAACGCUACCUUGACAAUAUCCAAUGGAUUGACCCCUUUCUGGGAAGAUCUGGAGAACAAUCACGCCGAUGAUGCUAUUGUAAAAGAAGCAGCUAAACGGAUGCUGACGGCAAAUUUUAUACAGACCACUUCUACUGACAUUCAUAAGAUCCACUGUAUAGACAUAAAUGGUGAUGACGUCGAUCCACAAAAGCUAAAAGAUUUUCGAGAUAAUGUGGUUGAACGAGUACGCGAAGAUCCACUCUAUUGUAGCACGCAAGCGUGCUUAUCGAAUGAUGGAAAGUCGAUGGCGACGUGGGCACGGCACCUUCAUGAUGUUUUCUAUUUGUACGGAUUGGCUUUGAAUGAUUCACUAACAAUGGAUCCCUCCGGAGGGCAUGCCAACGCUUCUACUCUCACAGAAGCAAUGAAACGAAGUUUUGUAGGAUUGACUGGAUCGGUUACCAUUAACGCAAACGGAUCACGUAUUCCAUUGUUUUCGGUCUACGUUCUGGAUGCAAACUUUAAUCAAGUCACUGCUAUCAAUUUCACAAUCAUUGAUGGGACACCAGUAAUGACGAAAGGCUACACACAUGAAGCAACAACUCUUUGGGGAAGUCGAGGUGGCCUCCGGUAG